AUGGCCAACAGCAGUUCGUCGGAUUACAAAGCGCUCUUUCUAAGGGCAGAGGAGGAACGCCAGCGGGAAACAGAGCUUAGGAAACAAGCAGAGGAACACCAACAACAAGCAGAGGAACGCCAACGGCAAGCAGAAGAACGCCAACGGCAAGCAGAAGAACGCCAACGGCAAGCAGAGCAGGAAAGGGAUCAGGAAAGAGAACAAACUCGACAAACCACCUUUGCAGAGCUUAUUCGAUACUGCCACAACUAUACUUCUCUAUCUCUGAGAGUCGAAAGUCCGUCUCGCUCCACAACAGGAACGGUUUCAGCGCCUAAGAGGAAGCGCUGUCCGCUGCAGCUUCUGCUUUGGACUGAGUGCACAGCCAUACAGCAAGAGAUCUAUCAUUCUGUUUGCAACUAUUUGGCACCACCAGGACAGCCUGCUGCACAAGUAUUCCCGUCGCGUACUGUCCUAGAGGGUUUCGGGGAAGAGUUCAGGAAAAGGGCUAUAAGCAGUGAGCAGGAUCUGGAGAGCUACGAGAGAUUCGGGGUGGAGAACCAUGUUCGUGAUAUUAUCGCGGAGCUGUGCAAGAUACCUGCUGCUCGACAGGAAUUUCGGUUAGGUGAUGGAGUUCCAGUUCGAUAA